AUAUAAUGAAGAGGAAGACUGACAGAAACAGAAAUGUCUGAUAAGUGUGAUCUGUGUCUGCUGGGACUGAUCAUUCUCUCUUCACUUCUCACAGGCACCAGUGAAGUGGAUGAUGAUCAUGUGUUCAUCAGUUCUGGUGAAAAUGUCUCUAUGGCCUGUAAUAAUGCUCUUUCUGACUGCACAUCAACUACAUGGAUCUACUAUAACAGUCAUUUACCAGUAGUUGUACUGAUUACUGGAGGGAUAAAGAAUAAAGACACAGAGAGACAUGAGAGACUGAGUCUGGAGUCUGACUGCUCUCUGAACAUCAAGAACGUCACAGAAGAAGAUUAUGGAUCUUACAUCUGCCAACAAAAUGUGAAUGGACAGAAACAUGGAACUGAUGCACGUGUUUAUCUGCAUGUUCUUCAUGUUUCAGUGUCUCCAUCAUCAUCAUCAUCAUCCUCCUCAUCAUCAUCAUCAUCUUCAGAGACUGAGAUCAGUCCAGGCCGCUCUGUGACUCUCUCCUGUCAGUUGUAUUCAUAUACUGGAUUCUCCUGUGAUGAUUGGGUUCGUUAUGAGGCAUUUGAGCUGUUGUGGGUGAAUCAAGCUGGUGUUGAUGUGAAGACAAACUCCAGAUAUCAGAUAUUAUUAUCAUCAGAUCACUGUAUCAUCACUCUGACUACAACACUCCUGAAUGAAGAUGACAACAGAGAGUGGAGAUGUCAGCUUACUCACAGAAAUCAACUCAAGACCUCAGUCACAUACACUGUCAAGUAUUCAGGUGAGAAAACGCCUCAGGCUAAAAGUAGCACUACUCCCUACAGACACUGCCCGAGCUCCAGCUCAAAGGCAUGGAUACCACAGCCCGAUUUUCAGAGGGGGGUUCCUUUAAGGGAGCAUGACCCAGACCCUAUAAGUUAA